AAGCACCAAGGGAAGGAGAGGAGAGAAAAAGAAAAAAAAAGUUCGCGUUACCUCCACUUAUCUCCUUGGUCUCCCAAUUCAUAAGCAUGCGUCGGAGUGCAUAGCAUAGCGUCAUUUCCUUGCACAAAUCCCUUGAUCCCUUACUAUUCCGAUUUUUCCAAUCCACAAUCCACCAUCAUACAGGUGCAGUAUGGUCCAAACAAGUUCCUAGAAAGCCCUAGCUUCCCGCCCAGUCUGCCACUCCCUCUGCAGUCUCUGCCAUUCCUAUUCCUAUCAUACGACUUACCGCCUAGACUUCACCGCACCCACACGCCCGCACACGAUCAGCCAUUGCUUUGCUGUUAAUUGUGGUUCGAUCUAGCCAAUUCUCCGGACGGCCGCCACCUCGACCGAUUUCACCGAUUUGCAUUAUAUUUUAUCCUCGCUUAAACCUGGGAAAUACCCAUCACCGCCGCUUUCCCUUCCCACUUAGUACCUAUCAUACCCUACACCUACAUACAUACCUACAUACCAUACCACCGACGACCCAAGCAUCCUUACUGCGAACUGCGAAGUAGAAGGGGUUUGUAGGCUAUACCAUGCGAACCGAGAAUAAAUGCUUCAUUCAACAUGGCCUUUAACUUCAACUGGUCGCCGCUCACGGCCGACGCCGAGUUCUAUAAACGAGCGCAGGAGCUUCUAACGAACGCACUGAAUAAAUCUCCGAAACCUCCUAUAAUCGUCGACGAUAUCCUCGUCACCGAGUUCAACCUCGGCUCUGUCCCGCCGGACCUGGAGAUAUUAGAAAUAGGAGAUCUCGCCGAGGAUAGGUUUCGAGGCAUCUUCAAAAUGUGCUAUUCGGGCGAUGCAUUCUUGACGCUGAAGACGAGAGUUCAAGCAAACCCCUUGAACACAUAUCUCUCGGCUAAGCCAACAUUCACAUCGCCGCAACCGUUGGCGGCUGCAGCAAGUCUCACAAUACCAUUAUCAAUCACCUUAUCUGAGAUUAAGCUGUCUGCUUUCAUUAUAUUGGUCUUUUCGAAACAGAAGGGCCUUACGAUAGUAUUUCGAAAUGACCCCCUCGAGUCUCUCAAGGUCUCUUCGACCUUUGACUCGAUCCAGUUUGUCCGAGACUACCUUCAGAGAACGAUUGAGGGGCAGUUGAGGGCUUUGAUGAUGGACGAGUUACCGGCUAUUAUCCAUAAACUCUCAUUACGGCUUUGGUGUCCCGACCAAUUACCGAGGGAGGAGGUGUCGCCAAAAGAAGGAUCCGAAGAUGAAGCUGUCGUCGAUCCUUUCGCAAAUCCGCCUCCUGAAGCAGUCGACUCUAAUGGUCACGUGCUUGACGCGAAUGAUAUUGCAUCAUUAUCUAUGGACGGAGGCUCGGAAUUGCAAUCUCUAUUUUCUCAGAAGAAUUUAUUGAAACUAGCAGCCCUUACCGAUUCGCAACGGACGUUGUCACUAUUCACACCCGGGAUUCGUGAUGUGUUGUUUAGGGCUUGGGCCGGGUCGAUGGAUCGGAGCGAUACCGGAUAUUCCACUCCAGCGUUGACGCCCAGUCUGAUGCGUACCCAAUCUCUGCAAGGGAGCAGCAACACAUACACCUUUACGGAUUCUAGCAGCAUAGACCAAGGUAGCAUGCCUUCGCGGCCAUCCUUGUCCAGUCUCCACUCGGCCACCACUGGUCUGGCCCUUGGCGCUGGUAGACAUUCAAGAAGUUCACGCAAGAAGAAGACGCGUGUGGUUAACCUGCGUCGGAGCAAAACCGGAAGCGAGGCCACUAGCGAAAGCAGUGAGACACUCUCAGAUUCCACGUCUAUCAACGGCCCAUUCUCAGAGCCAAUCCUACCAGACUCAAUUCCAGAAGAUCACGAGGAAGAACUGGCUGAUGAAGACGAGCCAUACUCAACCCAAGUGCAUUACAGAUCCGAGAGGGAUGUGCCAUCUCGGGCUCCGUUAAACAUGGACAUAUAUAAUGAUCCGGCUAUUGACGAGGGUGGCCCCAUACUAUCGGUGGAGCCAAGUGCGGAGGCGUCUCCAGCUCAGCAGGAAAGGGUCGUGGGACCGACCCGCUUCCCUUCUUCUUCCAAGAGUCCCUUCAACCUGGAGCGGCAUCGGCCGAUGGGCUCUGACACGUCGUCCGUGAUUCUCGAACAGGCAUGGAUAAUGAAAAUGGCUGGCGAAAUCGCGCGUCGAGUGUACGACGAAAAGCAACGAAACGAGAAUUUCUGGGCGGAGCGAGACGAUACUCCACCCCCCGCGUACCAAGCGACGCAAUAGAUCUAUAGAUCGUACAGGAAGAGCAACUUCCGAUCCUUCACUUUUUUCUUAUUUUCCGUUUGUCUAUAUCCAGCAUGCAUUAGCAGCACCUAGACAGACUGUACAUAUGGUUACGGCGUUACGACAAGGAUCACAGCGAGGUGGGGUAACCGGGGAUUUGGAGAUAUCCGGAUGCUUUUUAAUGUCUAUUAAGAGGCGGUGUGCAGCAGUAGCAGAGGCGUUCUGGGCGAAACGGUUUUAAAAAAAAGUUGUGGGUCAAUUAUUGACGCUUUUGCCCUUUUUUGGGAAGGUCAAGUUCUAUUUUCUGUUUCUGAAUGCGAAGAGAGUCGAGAGUUAUG